AUUAACCGAAAUAAAUAAAAAAAAAUAUAUAUAUGUAUUUAUAUAAGAAACAGUUGAGUGUUGAGUUAAAGCCUUGAAAGCGGCGGGCCAAAUGUUAAAAGUUGAAAUCAAGUAAAGCCAAGUGGUUUGUGUUUUGUUUUGUUUUUGUUGUUUUGGCCGGCUCAAAGCAGUUACAACUCGUUACAACAACAACAGCAACAACAACAAUUGUCAAUAAGCAUAAGCUUAAUUGCAGAAGGCGAAGAAGAAGAAAACGCAGACAACUAAAAAGUCAAGCAGCGGAAGCUUUUGGCAGCAGGCGCAGCACAAGCAACAACAGCAACGGCAACAACAGCAACAACUACAACAAUAACAAUAUCAGUUACAUAUUUAACUGUUAAAGCGCAGAUUUCACAAUGAAAACGUCGCAGCGCAAUCCAGCUUUUGUGGGCGAUGAUGGCAAUAGCACCACCAGCACAUUGGCCAUGUCGUCACUGCCAGCAGAGACGCCAACAGAGGCCGAACAGGAAGCCGACAAAUCGACGGGCGGCAGAGAGGGCGAACGCGAUACCUGGGGCAAAGGCGUGGAGUUUCUAAUGUCGUGCAUUGCCAUGUCUGUGGGCCUGGGCAAUGUGUGGCGCUUCCCGUUCACGGCACUGGACAAUGGGGGCGGGGCCUUUCUAAUACCCUAUCUCAUUGUGCUAUUCCUAAUUGGCAAACCGAUUUACUAUCUGGAAAUGGUAAUUGGACAGUUUUCGAGUCGCGGUUCCGUAAAGGUAUUCGAUUUGUGCCCGGCCAUGAAAGGCGUGGGCAUUGGACAGGUGAUAUCGAUAUCGAUGGUUACCACGUACUACGUCGGCAUAAUGGGCAUAACACUUUACUAUUUUUACGAUUCGUUUCGUAAUCCGUUGCCCUGGUCCGAGUGCCGAGCCGAAUGGGGCGCGGUCUGCGUCGCCUCCAGUCAGGGCAACAUCAGCCCCGGCGUCAGUUCCAGCUUCAGUGCCAGCUACAACUCCAGCUUAAAUGCGAUUGGGCCGCAGCAGCAGCAGCAGCGCGUUGCAUCCGCCGAGCUGUACUUUCUCAAGGAGGUGCUGCGCGAGAAGGAACAGAUAGUGGACGGCAUUGGCUUGCCCAACUGGGAGCUGGUCAUUGGCUUGUUCGUCUCCUGGAUGUGCGUCUUUCUGAUCAUACGACGCGGCGUGAAGAGCUCCGGCAAGGCGUCAUAUUUUCUGGCCCUGUUCCCCUAUGUCAUCAUGGGCGUUCUGCUGGUGCGCGCCGUUACCCUGCCCGGCUCCCUGGAUGGCAUUUACUAUUUCAUCAAGCCCAAUUGGGGCAAGAUUCUGGAUCCGAAGGUCUGGUAUGCGGCGGUCACCCAAUGCUUCUACUCGCUCUCCGUUUGCUUCGGCAACAUCAUCAUGUACUCGUCGUUCAACAAGUUCGGUCACAAUGUGCACCGCGACGCGACCAUUGUGACUGCCCUGGACACGGCCACCUCGCUCUUGGCCGGCUUCACGAUCUUCGGCAUUCUGGGCCAUUUGGCGCACGAAAUCGGCACCGAGGACAUCGGCAAAGUGGUCAAAGGCGGCGCCGGCCUGGCCUUCAUAUCCUAUCCGGAUGCCAUAGCCAAGUUCAAGCAGCUGCCGCAGAUCUUCUCUGUGCUGUUCUUCCUAAUGCUCUUCGUGCUGGGCAUUGGCUCCAAUAUAGCGAUGACAUCCUGCACAGUGACUGCCAUACGCGAUCGCUUCCCCAACUUUAAGCAAUGGCAGUGCUCGCUACUCAUAGCAGUCGUCAGCUUUGGCAUUGGCCUCAUCUACAUAACGCCGGGCGGUCAGUAUAUGCUUACCUUGGUGGACUUCUUUGGCGCUUCGAUGAUCGCCUUGGUCCUGGGCAUCGCGGAGCUCUAUACGAUUGGCUGGAUCUACGGCACGGAUCGUUUGUGCAAGGACAUUGAGUUCAUGCUGGGCCGUAAGGUCGGUCUCUAUUGGCGCUUGUGCUGGGGCGUGUUUACACCUCUCAUCAUGACCAUCAUUCUGAUUUACUUCUAUGCGACCUACGAGCCGCUCAUCUAUAAUAAUCAACCCUUUCCCACCUGGGCUUAUGGCGUUGGCUGGACCAUCACAGCCUUUGGCGUUAUGCAGCUGCCGCUCUGGAUGCUGGUCGCCAUCAUUCGCGAGCCCGGCAACACGCUGGGCGAGAAGAUACGCGGCGCGUUCCGGCCCAAAAAGAACUGGGGACCCUCCGACCCCUUGCUCCGGGAGCAGUACAACAAGCAAAUUGAACACGAGCUAAUGCCCAAGCGUGGGCAGGGCUUCUGGGCGAGCAUUAAGCAAAAUAUCUUCGGCUAAAUCUAAGAUCUCUGUUGAUGCCUAUUCUAAGCUGUGUGUAUAUAAAUGAAAUGUGUGUAAACUAUUUGAUAUGUCUAUAUAUGUAAGUGUGCCAAUAAAAUGUGACGAAUUUAUAAAGGACUAGA